AUUCCUUUAUUACCCAAAAAGAUGACCUUAAUGCGGACGCCUCACCCGCCUCAUGUUCUCUAUUAAUACUCUUCGCUUUAGGCGCCUUUUCGAAGCCCUCCCUUUCCUUCUCCCUGUAUUUAUAAGCGCUCCUUCGCGCAGAUUUUCAGCCAAACAGAGUCAAAUCCACAGUAACCAUAAAUCCUCAAAAGCUAGAUUGAUGGGAUCGCUCUCUGCCUUGGACCAGCCGCUGCAAUAUCCGAUUGCUCGGAGAGACGAGUCCGUUGUCGACGAUUAUCACGGCGUCAAGAUUUCCGAUCCUUACCGAUGGCUUGAAGAUCCUGAUUCUGCAGAAACAAAGGAGUUUGUGCUGAAGCAGGUUGAAUUGUGUGAAUCAGUGCUUAAAAAAUGUAAUACUCGUGAGCAAAUUCGUGAGAAAGUUACAAAGCUCUUUGAUCAUCCACGUUAUGGUGCUCCAUAUAAACGAGGCAAUAAGUAUUUCUACUCUCAUAACUCUGGACUACAAGCACAAGACGUUAUAUAUGUGCAGGACAAUUUGGAUGGAGAACCAGAGGUUUUGCUUGAUCCCAAUACACUUAGUGAAGAUGGAACUGUGUCCUUGAACACAAUGUCUGUUAGCGAGGAUGGAAGGUACUUGGCAUAUGGGCUUAGUUCAAGUGGCAGUGAUUGGGUAACCAUCAAAGUAAUCCACGUUGAGGAUAAGACAGUUGAGCCUGACACUUUAUCAUGGACAAUGCAGCAUGUUUUGUGCACCAGCUUGGAGAAUAGUCCCCAGACCAACCCAAUUAUUGGUCGCAUUGAGUGCAAGGCUGGACAUGGAGCAGGACGUCCAACAAAGAAACUGAUUGAUGAAGCUGCGGAUCGAUAUAGUUUCAUGGCCAUGGUAUCAGACGCAUCUUGGAUCGAAUAGCUGUUAUGAUUUUCUGAUGGACUGAUCCAUGGUCACAAGCAGCUUGCUAGAAGUCGCACUUCCAGUUACGGAAGUCAUUUUCUUAUCUUUAUGUUAUUUAGGUUUUCCACUCUAGGGAGCCCAUCACAAGAAUUUUCUGUUCACAAUUCACAUAAAUUCCCGAUGAACAGCAUUUUAGGUUUUCUUCGCAUUUUAAAUUAGACACACUUGAGAUCUUUAAGGGCAUUGUCAAACAAAGAAAAUUAUUGUAGGGACUUCAAUUAUUCUCUAUGAAUUGGGGCUCCUGGACUGGGUUUAAAAUAGUCUAUGGUAUAUUUUCAAGUUCAAAUUCAGCUCUUAUGCUAGUUAAUAAACAAAUUUGUGCUUA